CGCGGGCCCUGAUGGCGGCGGGGCCGCCCCUCACGGCGGGGCCGGGCGGCCAUGGAGCACAUCAGCACCCCGAAGGUGGAAAACGUGAAGUUGCUGGAUCGUUACGCCAACAGGAAGGCGGCGAGCGGGACCUUGUACCUGACAGCCACACACCUGAUCUAUGUGGAUGCCUCUGCUGAAGUCAGGAAGGAAAUAUGGAUCCUGCACCACCACAUCUCCAGCGUGGAGAAGCUGCCCCUGACCACGGCUGGGUACCCCCUGCUCAUCCACUGCAAGAACUUCCACGUGGCUCACUUUGUGAUUGGGCAGGAGAGGGACUGCCAGGAUGUGUUCACCUCCCUGCUCAAGCUCUCCCAGCCAGUGAAACCCGAAGAACUUUAUGCUUUCUCUUACAAUCCCAAAAUGUCCAAAGAGAGCCGGGAGAUGGGCUGGAAGCUGAUUGAUUUGAGACUGGAUUACCAGCGCAUGGGGAUUCCCAACGACUCCUGGGAAAUAACAGAUCUUAAUAAAGACUAUGAGGUUUGCAGCACAUACCCUCCUGAGAUCGUGGUGCCUCGAGCUGCCACCAGGGCCGUGGUGAUGGGAAGUUCAAGGUUCAGGAGCCGAGGGCGGAUUCCGGUGCUGUCUUACUUGUACAAGGAAAACAAUGCUGCCCUGUGCCGCUGCAGCCAGCCCCUGGCCGGGUUCAGCGCGCGCUGCCUGGAGGACGAGCAGAUGCUCCAGGCCAUCCGAGAGGCCAACCCCGGCUGCCCCUUCAUGUAUGUUGUAGACACGAGGCCAAAGUUGAAUGCCAUGGCCAACAGAGCUGCUGGGAAGGGCUAUGAGAAUGAAGAUAAUUAUGAAAACAUUCGUUUUAAAUUCAUCGGCAUAGAGAACAUCCAUGUGAUGAGGAGCAGCCUGCAGAAACUGCUGGAAGUGUGUGAGAUGAAAUCUCCCUCCAUGAGCGAUUUCCUGACGGGGCUGGAGAACUCGGGCUGGCUGCGGCACAUCAAGGCUGUCAUGGAUGCAGGUGUCUUCCUGGCCAAGGCUGUGAGGGAGGAGAGAGCCAGCGUGCUGGUGCACUGCUCCGACGGCUGGGACCGCACGGCCCAGGUCUGCUCCCUGGCCAGCCUCCUCCUGGACCCCUUCUACAGGACCUUCAAAGGCUUCAUGGUGCUGAUAGAAAAGGAGUGGAUUGCAAUGGGCCACAAGUUCUCACACAGGUGUGGCCACCUGGAUGGGGACCCCAAAGAGGUGUCCCCUGUGUUCACACAGUUUGUGGAGUGUGUGUGGCAGCUGAUGCAGCAGUUCCCCUGCUCCUUCGAGUUCAGCGAGCGCUUCCUGCUGGAGAUCCACGACCACGUGUACUCCUGCCAGUUUGGGAACUUCCUGGGCACCUGCCACAAGGACAGGGAGGAGCUCAGAAUCUUUGAGAAGACCCAUUCCCUGUGGCCUUUCCUCUUACAGAGGAAGCAGGAGUUGAGAAAUCCUUUGUACAGAGGCUUUACAGCUUACAAAGAGCUUCAACCAAACACUCUACCUUUCAGUUUCCAGUUCUGGUGUGGGAUGUACAACCGCUUUGACAAGGGCAUGCACCCCAAGCAGUGUGUGCUGGAUCAGCUGCUCAGCUGCAGCAGCCAGAAGGUGACACUGGAGGACAGUGCAUCCCAGCUGCAAAACAAACUCCCUAACCUCGAUGGCCCCUUGCCCAGCAAAGGCUGCACCUCACCCGAGGCAGGAGCUGCUGCUGCCAAAGCCUCCCCCCCUCCUCAGGACUGUGCAGAGGGAGCAGCCCCUGUGCUGAGCAAUGGCCCCUCCCUGGGGCACCAGAAGCACAAGGAGAGCCCAGCCCAGCCCCAGGAUGUCAGAGCCUGCAGGGAGGAUGGGCAGGCUCAGCACCAGGGAUGAGCUCUGGGAGCUGCUGGGAGAAGCUCAGGGGAGCUGCUGCAGCCCCCAUUGGCAGCUGAGUGUGAGUAGGGGUGUGCAGGGCUCCUGGGGGACACCUCCUGCAGCUCAGGUGCUGCAGAGCUGCCAGGAGCCUGCCUGGCAUUCCUGGGAACUUGGCUUUCAGUGGGAACACGUGCAUUUCUGAGGGUUAGGGCUGCCUGCCAGCACUGCUGUUUGAGGCUGGAAGAAAUCUUGCCAAUUCCAUGAGGAGCUGGGCAGUGAGUGCAGGAGGAAGGAUGCAAAUCCCUCUGUUCUCAGUGGUGGUCCAAGGUCAUCUUAAAACAAGAAAAAAUUGCAAUCUGUCUUCAAAUGAUAAAAAACCCCCAACCUUUCUUAGCUGUGAAUGAAUCUCUGCAUGGACCCUUGCCUUGUAGCAGAAGUGAUUCAUGUUUUGUUUCCUAUGCAUAUUUGUUACACAAAACCCCCUGUGCCUUCUCUGAGACUGUGUCUGUGUCCAGCCAGGCCACUCUGGUUUUGUGUUGGAGUUUGCAGUGUGGUGUUGGGUCCUGUCUGUAGUCAGUGUUUGUGAGGAGCUUUUCUUCUGCUGCAGCUUCUCCAGGUUUUUGCUGAUCCCCUGAGUUCAGCAACUUCUUUCCAAGCUGACCUCUUGAAGAACCAGCUUUAUGGACUUCCUUUAUUGAUGAGAGUGCAGCAAGCCCCAGAGCCAGCCUGGGACACAUGGAUUUGGUAUAAGAGGGAGGAUUGGAAAUGAGGAAAGACAGGAAAACAUUGAAGUGGAAUUCUUCUCUUUAUGAUCUUGGUUAAACUGAAGCAAGAGAGUAACUCUGUUCCAAGCUGGAAUCAUGGAUGAGACAGCAAUUACAGAUGGGAUUGAAAUGGGGCCUAAAAUGCUGAAAUCACUUGCUGAGUGAUUCUAGGGAAUGUUCAAAUUCCAGGAACUUUAGGGAUGUUUUGUCUGUCUCAUGUACAGUAUCUCAUGGCAAUGAACUUGGGAAGAAACAGAAGAAACAAGAACUUCUCUCCCAGGGAUUGGGUGUCACAAAUGAGUGUUUGAAGGUCACCCAAAGAAUCCUAGGGAGAGGCAUCAGCAAAAGCAGGUUUGAUAGAAAAAAGUGUGACCAAAUUCAUUGGCAAGGCUCACUCUGUUACUUAUUAAAUUGUUAAAGCACACAGAGAAAAACUGAAAUAGAAAAUCAAGCAAUCUAAAACUCAAAUCAGCCAUUGUGGAGGCUGGGGAUGGAAAAGGGUCAGGAUGAAAGGGAGUGAGGGAAAUUCUCCUGUUGAGUCACAAGGUUCAGAGUGGAGCAUCAUGCCAGACUGAGCCCUGGAAUUAGCAGCACUUCAGGCCUAAAGUUUCCUGCAAACAGAGAAUCAGUAGCAGCACUUGAACCCAACAGCAGAAAACCAGCAGGUGAGGAAUUGAACAAGGGCUUUAUGUGGAAUUUCUAUGAGCACAACAGGAGCUCCCUUAGAGGCUGAACUCAUCAAUCCAAGGCACUCCAUAAUCCAGGAGGGCAGCAUUGCCAGUGCUCUGGCACAGCCCCAAGGACCAGGUCCAGGUGUAUCCCUGGGAAAAAUUCCCUUCCAGUUCCUUGUAUUCCCUUCCAGUUCCCUGUUUAUAGAGAGUUGCUGUGGUCAGAGUCAAACUGCCUGGCUGCAGUUUUGGUCAAUCUUCCUUUGAAAGGUCAAGAACAAAAAUGUUCCAUUUGGGUUGUUAUUCAGGCAAGAAUCAGAUUCUAGAAGAAUCAGAUGUUGGCUAAACCCAGGAGUGUGUACCCCAGCCCUGGGAGCAGCCAGUGUUCCUGAUAAGCUCAGGGUGCUGCUUAUCAAGCUCAAGGCCUGAGGACAUUUCAGAAAUUGUGGUGUGGCCCUGGAGGAUUCACCCCCCAGGAAAUCUGUGCCCCUGUCCUUGUUCUGUGCUGAACUGCACAGAAUCCCCUGUGCUGCUUUCCUCAGGAUGCUGCUCUGCUCUUCUCAAGCUGUUGUUUCAAUUAGGUGCUGCCAUGAAGUUUUCCAAUCAGUUUUUCUCUUUUGUAGAAAAUCUGGAAGCCAGCUGAAAAUAUUUGAGCCUUCCCAAUCUCCAGUGAAAGUAGAAACAUUCCAUUGUGACACUAGAGAGUGCAGUAACUGUGCUCAUGUUCUUUUAACCCUUGGUGAAAUCACUGGGUAGAUCCAGUGUCCAAAAACCAAACAAAACUUCCCUGAAUUGCUCAUUCUGGGUAAGAAAAUUUUAUAAAGCACAUGAAAGAUCCAAGGAAAAAAGAGAGCACAGAGUUUCUCCACUGCCUGGAAUGGCAAAGAGGAAGUUUUUUAAUACUGAGGGUUUGUCAGACUUGUCAAGGAAGGAGUGGGAGCUACAAGAGUGAUGGAUUAAAAAUUCAACACUGGAAAUUCUGACCCAGGAGUGACUGAGGGAUCAGCCCUGGCUUGUCUCCAGGGGGUAAUGGGCAACAUCCACCUCCAAAUGUGAGAGAAAAUGGGACCAAGACUUUUUAGGACCAGUUAUUCUAUGGAUCAUCAGUCCUUUAAAUGUCUUUAAUGAAUUCUGUGAUUUUCAUUAGAGAUCCAAAACUGGAGAGGAUUGUGAUUGACUCCUGAAGGAUUUGGAGAUGCCAUUGGUUAAUUAUUGCACAAAUCCAGCUUGCAGAAGCUCCUGGAAAUGCUUGUGUGUUGCUUUGCCUUUGGAAUUGCCAUUGGAGGAAUUUAAUAAUCUUUAAAAAGGAUGUCUCCACAAAACCCCAGUGUUACUACAAGUGUGUACAGCCACCACCAGUUUACUCAGUGUUGUAAACUUGGAGUAAUCAUGCUGCUUUUAACAGUGGCAAAACGGAGCCAAACCCAAAAAUCAAUGUAUUUUAAACCUCUUGGAUUUCAUUUGUACAGGCAAAGGCUGCAGUGUGUUCAUGUUGGAAUUUAGAAGCUGGAAAAGAUUCCAGGAUUUCCUCCCCUUCCACAGGCUCAUGGGUUGAAAACCAAACAAGGAGAUUUUUGGUUUUGGUGGCGACUCUGGGCUGUUUGAAGAGCCCAGAUGAGGAAUCCAGGUGGGAUGUGCUGCCCAGCAGAGCUGUGUCCCUGCUCCUGCAGUGUCCUGCCUGCAUUCUCUGCUGUGGGAAGGAUGGAGAAGCUCUCACUGCUGCUGGGGAAAGUUUCUGCAGAUGCUUUAUUCCUUGGGGAGCAGCCAGGCUUUGUGAGGUCAGAAAUCCCGAUUUUGUUUGGAGCAGUGCACUUCUUUCCACAUGGAUUCCUGUGACUGGGAGAGCUGGGAGGGAAGAGGGAUCUGAUUUGUGCAGAUGAGCUCUGCUUGUGUAAAAAUGAGCUUUUCUGGAGCUGCUCCUGCUUCCCCAGGGCAUCCCAUGGCUUCCUGCCUGUUCCCAGCAUCUCCUGUGCUACAACCAGGUGUAACCUUGUAGUGGACCAGUGCCUGUCCUGCUCUGAAGCACAAGAGGGACUCGUGGAGCUUCAUUUGAAAUGUCUUUAAUGUGAACUUCAUUCUGUGGGUUCUUAAAUCGGGGUUUUCUUUGCAGAGAGAAAAAAUCCAGUUGGUGCUGUUUGCUCUGCAGGGACAAAGUGGGAAUGGUUUGGGUUGUCUGUAGGUUUAGUUCUCCAUGGCCUCUUUAGGGGUGAGGAAAAGCAAUUUGUGAAAGUUUUGAGGUCUGAUUUACUCUUGCUCUGUUCUGUGCUUAGUGAUUGCCUUUCCAAGUUCAUUCCUUGGAGUAAAAAUAAAGCAGCUCUGACCCAGAGCCAUCCUGGCUGGGAUGGAGGAGGGGAUGGGCUCAGAGGGAGCUGGGAAGAUUUUCAGGAAGGUUCCCCAGUCCUGCAGCUUUGUCAGGAGCUGAAGGUGCCCAGAGCUCCAGAGGGUCUCCAGGUGGGAAUGCUGGUGUGGAACAGCCCUGGAGAUGUUUCCAUGGCCUCUGGAAGCACAGAAUCCUCAGAGCUGAGGAAAAACCUUGGAAAGGGAACUCCUGCUCCAGGCUCCUUCAGCUCCUGGGCAGCCCCAGAGCCCAGAGGAAUUUCCUGGAUCUCCAGGAGUGACC